GGCGCGGAACUGGACGGAACUGCGCGAAAAGAAGAAUGCUGCGUGCCGUGAGCGCGGCGCUGCGAGGGGUCGCAGCGAAAGCGACGAGUACGACUGUGACAAAUUGUGUUGCUUCAAGAUGCAAUCCCGUCUUGAGCUGCAUUCAACACAGAGGUUUUGGAGCACUGUCAAUCGCCGUCCAGAAAUGGGCAGCCACAGGACCUGUGCAACAUAAGAUAUUAAACCAUGCGGCGACGGAAAAUCGUCUAGCUCUGCCAGCAGAACCUGUUAAUGUGCCAGUGAGAACGCUAAUCAAGUUCUCUAUGUCAAAAGGAAAGCGGAAAACCGUGAAGACAGUCCUGACACGUUUCUACCGACUCGACUGGGGUGUCUGGAUCAGAACGAGGUCAGGUCGGCACAACAAGCUGUGGACAAAAUCGUCAAGUAGGAAGAAGAGAUUGCGGCGACACGUGUUCUGCAAUGCCACGCAGUCGACGCUGCUGGACAAGAUGGUGUCCAAGUACUGGAAGAGACGGCACUACUACGUCGACGAUCCGUACGAACCGUAUCACGACCGCGAAGAGUUUCUAAUCACCCGGAAGAAACCGUUACCUUAAUCUAAUUGUUAAUUGCUAGACAUUUGUGAGCUUUCGAUUGAAGGAAUAUUAAAGGAUGCUAUCGAGUGGA